GUGAGGUUUCGGACUUCAUGAGGAACCUACAACAAGAGGAUGGAUAUCCUCUCUGAUUUUUGGCUGUUUUCAGGUUUUAAUUCCAUAAACAUGAAGCCAGCUUUCAUGAUCCAGCCUUGUCCGGCAGCAUGAUUGGAGCAUCAAGUCUCUCAGGGCACACUUUGGUAGCUUGCCACUUCCCUGUGGUUCAGCUACCAACAUGGCAGCUUCCGGUUCAGGCCCUGUGCAACUCGGCCAAGAGGCCCAGCCGGCUGUGCUCAGUCGGCCUGACUCGGGCUGUGUCCCUCCCAGAGCAAGAUACUCUUAACCGAGAGCAUGCCUUCACAGGUGGCCAAAGACAUUUUUCCAGCAGUUACUGUAGUCUUAAUGAAGACCGAACAGAAGAGGAGGGGACCAGUGACAGCAGUGGGAGGUAUGACUCCACCUCAUCGCCAGAAGAGACAAGUUCCCACCUUAAGAAGGAAAGCCCAGAAGCUAGAGGCAGCCAGCGCUCACACAACUCAUUCCUUCCCAACACAGAGCUAGAUGAUGAUGAGGAAGAUGAUGACAGUAAUGGUGAUAAUCUUCACAGAUAUCAUGAGGACUCAUCUUUUGUUUUGCAUGGAAAUUCAAACUGGCCAAUAAAUAAUGGUGUUAUAACUGAUACAUUACCACAUGGGGACCUGGACAGUGAAUGGGGCAAUGAAGGUACAAUGCUGGGUACAAAGAGUGAUCGAGAGUGGCUUUCUAACCAGAUGGACUCGCUGCAGCCUGAAUGUCAAUGCGUUCAUGUGAACAGAUCUGGCAUCACAGUGUCCCCUUGUUUGGAACAGGAUUCCGACAGACUGCAGGAUAACAUGUUCUGCUGCAUCCACAGCCAGAACAAAUGUUCCCCAGAGCUGCAGUCCUACAGUCACACAGAGUAUGUCAGUGAUUCGUCCUGUAACAGUUCUGAUGGUAUCUUGGUUAACUUCUGCACCAUCUAUAACAGGAGCAAUAAUCCCGCCACCCCUCAUGAUCUCAGCAGUCCCCCACUUCAUCCCUGUCAUUCUUCUGAGGGAUCUGUGUUCCUCAAUCUCCAACCUGUUCCUCAAAGUCCAUCUGAGCAUGUGCGCCAUGAUGAUAAGACAGUUUACUCUCCCCCGAAAGAAGAGGCUGACGUGGCCCUCUCUCAUUCUUGCUGGUCUCCUCAGGGCCUCGACUCUAACUGCAACCUUUAUUCCCUGGAACUGCUACCUUCGGGUCUCUCUUCUCUGGAAGUAUCAGACCUGGCUGCCUGUCUUCAAAGCCAGUCAUUAUUGGCCAUGGGAACUACCCAGAAAUACUACAAGCUUGUGUCUUGUGACCUCUCCUCCCAGUCACCAAGCCCAGCCUGGUCUAGUCUGACAAGCUGCACUGAGGGACAGGGCAGAAACAGCCCCUUCCUUCCCCCUGUCAAUCACAGGAGUGACGGGCAACUAAAUGAAAUUAAGGAGGACAAAGAGGAACAGCAUCAAGAAAAAAGGCUGACAUCUGCACGAUGCAGCCCUAGGUUUGACUCUUCCCACUUUCAGACCACUGAUUACCAGGUUGCCACCACCUCCACUGACAAAGCCCCCUGCAGAAAGCAACAUACAGACGGGAUCCAGAACGUCUCCCACUCACCAUGUUCAUCGUGCCCCAGCCGAUGUAGCCCACAUAGCAGUAAAUGCCAAGAUACAAAAGCUGCAUUCACCCUACCAUCUGCAGUUCAGGACCAAGCGCACAACAAAACAGAUCCUUCUGAGAUGGGAGCUUGUUCACUGGAAAAAGAAAUGAUGCACAGCAGUAAGCCCAAAAGACCAACAUCUCUUCCAAUCCAGCCAUUUGUUCUGGUGCCUACAGGAAAACCGCAGUCCCAGGCCCAGCAUCUGGGUUGUCUUCUGGAGCAGUACAUAAAUCAAAAGCACAACAAGCCUGGGGAGUCCCAGCCAGGCCUUGAGUUCAAAGUGAAGAGGAGCCAAUGCUUAUCUAAUCUUCAUUCAUCACUAAUGGAGAGCCACUGUCCCAUCUUCCUGGAGGCUCCUUCUACUUCUGAUAGCUGCUCCACUUGCACCCCGAGUCCAGAGUGCUUCGGUCACAGACACACAUGGAACCAAUCCUUCAAAAGUGAAAGGUGUCCACGUACAUCAAAAGGCAGCCUGGAUACACAUCACACCAGUUUAAAGCCCAGAAUAGUUCAAGUGCAAGAUAACUUAAGUCCAAACUGUGGCAAAACUCAGACUAAUAGUUCUGUAAAUGGGAUUACUUCCCCACAUCAAUCCAACCUUGUUAAGAUCCCCACCUAUCAGGACCUGAUCACCCUUAGCUUGGAGCAGAGCCAUGCCAGCCCUGAGUCCAGAAGCCCCAGUCAGUCCCUGACCCAAACUUCCUACCAUCCAGGAUCCUCCCACACUCCACCCACAUUACCUUUAACAGCUGACACUCAUCACCCUAACCUGCAAGCCACCCUGUUGCCUCCCACAACCUCACCAUCACAGCAAAAGACUCUUGCUGAUUCUAGCUUUUUCCACAGUAGUUUCACAGCUGCCCUUUCCUCAGUAGCUCCUCUUUCCUCUCUGAGCUCUCUCAUCUCCUUGGCUGCUUCUGGCCUGCAUCCCCAGCAAAUCCAGGACUCUGCCAGGCUCAUUUCGAAGCCGACUCAACACAGUGAAUCUCUGAUCCUGAGUGACAGACCACCUACAGAUUUCUUUCUCUCGCCCGAUACAUCUUAUGAGUCCAUGUCUAUCAGCCAUCUUCAAAGAAGAGGAUUGCUGAGAAAUGUAAGCAGUGCAGUUGAUUUGAUCAUGGCCCAUUUUGGCAGCAGCAGAGACCCUGAAGAAAAGAUGCGUCUGGGUAACAGCUCUUACAGCCCUACAAUUGUUGGCCUUGUCCUGGAGCACUUGUGUCCUGCAAUCCAGAAGAUUUUAGAGGAUGGUUUGAGGGAUCACAAACUGGAUUUCAUAAUCGGGCAGCGCCGCAAUCACUCCUGGAGUGUGGUAGAGAUUUCCACUACAAUCGGUCCAUCCACCAAGGUCCUUCACAGUCUGGUCUCCAAAAUAAGGCAAUGCCCCCAGCUCACCAGCCACUGCAUGAGACUGAGAGCCUUCAUCAUGGGCCUUCUGAACUUGAGGGCUUUGGAGUUUUGGCUCAGUCACCUACAGAGUCAAAAAGAUGUGGUGGCAACAUACUACCACUCUUGGGGGUUUCUGUUCAUGUCACUGGGUCGUUGCCAGCCUUUGUUUCAGGAGCUGCUGCUUCUGCUGCAGCCACUCUCUGUGUUGCCCUUUGACCUCAACUUGCUCUUGGAGCCGCGGCUGUUACAUCAUAGAGUGUGUUCAGAGGUGCCAGCAGCAUCUCCUCCUCAGCCAUGCUCAGCCUUGCUGGUGACUAGUUGGCCAAAGUUACAAGUCGACAGAAAGGUAGAGAACAGCUAUAGCGCCCAGAAAACUAAGCUCUCACCCCAUAGAGGCCAAGAGAUUCUGAAUUUGCAGAAUUCAGGUUGCUACAAGCAACAACCUGGAGGUAUGCAGGUCAGCAGGAGUCCAUUGGCUUCUAUUCCAGAGUUCUUGCCAAAGGACCAUGAUCUUGAGAAUGUUGUGACUGAAGCGGUAGAUUUUAGCCAAAACCAAACAGAUACUUGGUUUCAGAUAAGUAUGCACAGCAGGCAAGAAGAGAGGAGAGUGGAGCAAGACUGUGGGACCCAAAAAGCAUCAACCUUUGUCCAGGCAGCGAGUCCUCAUCAGGGCAGCCUGCGCUGGGCCAAACUGUUUGGAGCAGCUGAUAGUCCCAAAAAAGCAGAGAAAAGUUCUCAGCAUCACAGUGGAGUACAAACCAGGAGGCUGCCAUCACAAUGGCUACAUUUGGACAGAUCACAGCUUGGACUGUUGGCUCAAUCCAUCAGAUCACUGAAACCAGGAGGAGCUCAGCUACACAAGGAGAGCUGAGAUCUAAACCCUCUGUGGGGGAAUGACAGAGUGGGGCCGCGGGCGGGGACUAUGUGGGGGGCUAUUUAUUGUUUUAACAAAAAAGUCUGAAGUGCAUGAAAAUAAAUUCACAGAGCUGAACUACACAGAUGAACUGAUUAAAAAAAGACAAAAGCACAAGAUCAAUAGCCCCUGGCCCGUAUUCAGUAAGCUUUACACUGCACCAGCUGAGCUCCAUAAAAACCAUUAGCUACUGUAGUUACAAAUAAAAAUAUUCAAACUUUAUAUUUUUUUAAAUGUUUAAGGAAACACCUGUAGCACUUUGUACAUUCAAAAGAAAUGACUUGUUUUUAACAAGAACUGGUUUAACUUCACAAACACAAACAAAAAGAUAAAGGAGGAAAUGUCAGUCACAACAUGAAAGUUGCACCAGGAAAUCUGGCAGGUUUUUGCUCUCUGGCUCUCCUUAAAGUUGUCUCAUAUGACACCACAACUAUAAAAACACGUUUUUCAC